GUCACAAUUCCGAUCUGGUGUUACAUCAGAGAACACACAUAGGAGAGGAACCACAUGAGAGUCAGGAGUGUGGUAAAAUAGUCAGUCAGAAUUGCCACUUGGAGAGCCACCAGAUGUCUCACACUGAGGAUAAACCACAUGAGGGUCCAGAUUGUAGGAAAAAAUUCAGUCAGAAUUCUGACGUUGUGAUACACCAGAGGAUUCACACUGAAGAAAAACUGAACAAAUGUCCAGUUUGUGGGAAAAGUUUCACUCGGGAUUCCCACCUGGUGAAACAUCAGAGAUCUCACACUCGGGAGGCACUAUAUAAAAUUCCAGAUUGUGAGAAACAUUUCAUUCAAAAUUCCAACCUUGUUGUACAUCAAAGGAGACACAUAAGAGAGAAACUGUAUGAGUGUCAGGAAUGUGGCAAAACCUUCAAUCACAAUUCCCACCUGGUGAUACACCAGAGGAUUCAUACCGGGGAGAAACCAUAUGACUGUCCAGAUUGUGGGAAAAGUUUCAGUCGGAAUUCCCACCUUGUGAUACACCAGAGAACACAUACAGGAGAGAAACCAUACGAGUGUCCAAAUUGUGGGAAAAGUUUCAGACAGAAUUACGAUCUGGUCAUACACCAGAGGACUCACACUGGGGAAAAGCCAUAUGAGUGUCUGGAUUGUGGGAAAUGUUUCCAUCGGAAUUCUCACCUGGUGAUACACCAGAGGACUCACACGGGGGAGAAACCAUACAAGUGUCUGGAAUGUGGGAAAAACUUCACUCGAAAUUCUGAGCUGGUUAUACAUCGAAGGAUUCACACAGGGGAAAAACCGUAUGAAUGUUUGGAUUGUGGGAAAAGUUUCAGUCAGAAUUAUACCCUGGUGAUACACCAGAGGACUCACACUGGAGAGAAACCGUAUGAAUUGUGUCUGGAAUGUGGGAAACGUUUCAGACACCGUUCCCACUUGGUGGUACACCAGAGGACUCACACAGGAGAGAAACCGUACGAGUGUCCAGAUUGUGGGAAAAGUUUCAGUCAGAAUUCUGAACUGGUUAUUCACCAGAGGACUCACACUGGGGAAAAACCAUAUGAGUGUCUAGAUUGUGGGAAAAGCUUCAUCCGGAAUUACGCCCUGGUGAUGCACCAGAGAAUUCAUACAGGGGAGAAACCGUAUGAGUGUUCAGAUUGUGGGAGAAGUUUCAGUCGGAAUUCCGGCCUGCUAAUGCACCAGAGGACACACACCGGAGAGAAACCGUACGAGUGUCCCAUUUGUGGGAAAACUUUCAGCCAGAAUUCCCACCUGGUGAAACACCACAGGACACACACUGGGGAGAAACCCUACAAAUGUUCAGAUUGUGGGAAAAGUUUCAAUCAGAGCCAUGUCCUGGUGAUGCACCAGAGGACUCACACAGGAGAGAAACCAUAUGAGUGUCCAGAUUGUGGGAAAGGUUUCAGUAUUAGGACUAACCUUAUUAAUCAUGUAGGUUUACACACAGGGGAGAAACCUUUCAAAUGUCCAGAGUGUGGACAGUGCUUCACCCGAAGUUCCUCCCUUACUGCACACAAGAAAAUCCAUAUGAAGCAGAAGCCUGAUGGCGCUCUAAAGAUCAGCAACAUCCACCCUGAGAAAAACAGCAGCGGUUUGUGAGGUAGAGCAUUAGAGUGUUGGAUUGCUAGAGAGGACGCUGGAGGAGAAGCGUGGUGGAACUUCCUCUUCUGGCUCAUCCUUGGGAGGAUAGAAUCCUGGAGAGAGGGUCUCGUGCUCUUCCCGGGUUCGAAGCAGCCGCUGGAUUAGACGUAAAGGAUGCCCUGAAGACCAUCAUGCAAAGUGAGAAGCACAAGAGGCAUUAAAAGGAAAAGCAAAUCCAGCCAGCCAUCAAAGCAUUUUCCGCUUCUCCCAGAAAACCACAAAAGUCCUCCACUAUCCCAGAAAGUAUCAGACAGAAGAGAGAAUAACAGGAAAAGAGUUUCGAGCUGGACAUAAUUGAGUCUCUGGAAGAAGCAAAAACACUCCACAAAAAGGUCAAGGGUGAUCAUUUCCAAAUUCAGAUAAUGGGGGAAAUGUUUGGAAAUCAGCGGGGAGAAAGGGAACAUUUGGAUUGCACCACUGUCUGCCUAUGUGGCAAUAUUUUUUAUCUCCAGAAUCCAAAAAUAACACUGGCGGGAAAGAUGUGUAUAUUGUGGGAAAAGCACAGAUUACAGAUCAUACCUGAUUAUGCCUGAGAGGACCCGCACUGAAAAAAAGUCCUCCUAGUGCCCUCAAUGUUGCAAAAGCUUUAGGAAGCAUAUACUCUAAUAAUACACAAGAGGACUCGCACAGGGGAGAUACCAUAGGAGUGUCCGGAUUGUGAGGAAAGUUUCAGUCAUAAUUCCCAAAUGAAUUGCCAUAGGAUUCAUGGACGGUGGAAACUGUACAAGUGUCUGCAUUGUGAGAAAAUUUUCAGAUGGAAAUACCGCUUAGUUCUACACCAAAGGACUCAUAUGGAGUUGAAACCAUAUGAGUGUCCAGAUUGUGGGAAAAGUUUCAGUGAUAGUUCUGCCCUGGUGAAACACCAGAGGAGUCACCGAGGGAAGAAGCCCUACAAUUGUCUGGAUUGUG